AUGCCCCCGAAGAAGUCGGGCACAGCAACCACAGCGCUCAAGAAACUGCGCGGAAGACCGCCACGGAAACAAGCACAGAGCCAUUCACAGACACAGACUCAACAACAAUCCAAGACAGCUGAAGCUACGACUAUUGUCACGCAGCAGCAGAGCCAAGAGCUGACACAAUCACUACUACUAGCCUCGAUAUCUUCAAUUCUCCAUCUCAGAGAUUUGAUAAACCCCGCAUGUUUCAAGCUGGCACACUUCGAUGUUAGCUCUUCCGAGCUAUGGUCAUAUGAAGACUGGAAGACCGGCGACGUGACAACAGAGCAUAACAACCAUACUCAAUCCCUACAUUUGUUGCAGAGAGGAGAUAGUGCCAAGACACAAGCAUUCAUGGACUACAUUGAAAAUGGUGCCUUCGAUGCAAUCCAGCGAGGCUUCCUCCGUUCGUUUCAGCUGAAAAUCUUCGCGGAUCCUGACCAUCAAGAGAAUGUCUUGGAAACGCAUACGCUGAAUUUCAGUUAUCACCGUCCCGCCGGAUCCACUAAUCGUGUGGUAAGUGGCAUGGAAAUGACAGGCCCAGAUGGAAGACGCCUUAGCCUUGUGAACUUGAAGAUUGGGUUUGCAGAAUUCGUUCGCAGUCUUUCCACAUACGUGAGCAACCUACCGGAGCUUCCGGAACAACGGUUUUUCAAACCAAAGCUCUUCUACACAGAUGAUUGUCCAGACGACUAUCAAGCCCCUGGCUUCUGCGCACCAAAGUCAACUGUCGUCAAUUUCCCCAGGAACGAAGAGCUAGAGAAGAAAACCUACCAGCUGAACAGCUACAACGGAGGGUUUCACGAUGUCAACAUGACCAUUUCCCACAUGCAGUGGUCGAAUCAGAGCGAUGGCGCCAUCCCUCCUGAAUCUGAUUUGAUAUAUUCUGAGUCGGUUUCCUCCACAUCUGAUGUAGCUGAUGAGACUGCGAAAUCGACAUCAUCUUUUCAAGACCAAGCAGCACUCAGCACUGGUAGUCAUAGGAAGACACCGACCAAGGAUGCAGCCCGGGCCGAGCUGAAUAGUCAAGACAGGCAAGAAAGGCGGACGCUGGAGAAGCUGAGACAGCAAUCAGAAUCCCAAGCUCAUGACACCCAACUUGAGGAGAACAACCGUGCAGCAUUCGAGGUUGCAAAUGUGAAAACUCAAGAGCCCAUUAGGCCAAAACUCAAGCAAACGAAAGUCGAAGAGCUCAAUAAGAAAAAGCGCCUGAGAGACGCAGAUGGAAAAGACCAAAGCAACAAGACCGACCAGAUAUCGUGUCAAUGCGGAUGGAACGAGGAAGAAGAGGAAAAUAUGGUCUAUUGCGCUUCAGAUCCCCGAAUUCCUCGUCAACACGCGUGCUAUCGCUGCUUGGAAGAGGUUGCAGCCGGCGGUCCAGCCGGCGGUCCAGAACGAAGAAGGCUCAGGGAGCUUAAAAGCUUUACACUGCUUCGGAGGGCCAUCCGCGUCAUCGAAACUCAUGGGUUCCAUGACGAUGCUUCGUUCGCUAAGGAUCUCGGAGGCUGUGAUCUCCAAACCGCUUCCGAUGUAUUCGUGAGGCUUCUUUCUGAGAAGGUGGUGAUCACAUCAGACGGCAGCAGGACGAAAUCCCUGAAGAAGACGAAGGGAUCUCGCUACCAUAUUGCGCCAGAACAUUCGGAAAUGAUGGAAAAAUUCUUCAAUCCACUUUAUAAUAUUGAAGACUACUAUGAAGUUGUCGAGUCUCCUGAGUACCCCAAGGUGGAAAAUCCCACAAGAGCCGCGUCUCAAAAAGACGGAGGUGGUUACACUGGAAAACUGCAAACCUUCCACAAAGCUGCGAUUCCUGAAGAUUCCACUGGCGGAUAUUCUCUUCUUCCCGAAAGGGGUCCACAGCACCGAUCUCGACCAGAGCCGCACGAGGAUCUUGAUAGUGAUACUCUGCAAAACACCCACACGACAACGUCACCACCAACGAGCUCCAAAUUACCGUCGUAUUCCGCAAUGUCAUCCUCGCAACAUCUGUCGUCCUCGCGUACCAGCGCCUCACGAACGUCGGCAUCUGCAACCAGCAAGCGCGCAUCAUCGUCGUUGCCCAAAGCGCCCGCAACCAUCCACCCAUCGGCAAUCAUCGCCAGCCAUGCAGUGUUGACAGGUCACCACGCUAUCACCAUCGCUGCUGGCGCGGUCAUCCAUCCAAACGCCAAGAUUACGUCACUGCAUGGCCCUGUUGUGAUCGGCGAGGGGUGUAUUGUGUACGAGAAAGCUACCGUUGGAAUCCCGGAGCUGGAAGGCGGCCAGGGCAGGGGCGUGGUGCUGGACAAGAACGUGGUCGUCGAGGCCAGCGCGGUGGUUCAGGCGGCCCUAGUAGGCGAGGGCACGAUCAUCGGGACGGAUGCAAAAGUAGGCUUGGGGAGUGCCGUAGGAAUGUUUUGCCAACUCGCCCCGCGCACAGAGCUCCCACCUCAUUCCGAGCUUCCCGACUACAUGGUUGUGUAUGGAUCGAACCAGCGCCGGCUGAACCAUUCGUUGCAGACUCGCCCGGCGGUCAUGGAGCUCGUGAAGCGCGCGCACGAGAAGAAGCUCCACGCCUUGAUGCGACUCAUUCCGAACAACGCGGCGAAAUGGCAGUAA